AUGGGCCGUCAGGAGGGCGACUACGUGUGGAAGAAGAACACCGAGAACAUCCAGGACGUGUUUGACAUCAUGGACGAGUUGGGCAGCAGCGGCUCCCCCGACAUGAUCGAGCAUUGGAUCCAACUCGUCCACGAGAAGAACGCGUUGGUUUCUGAGGAGUCUGACCUCAUGGUGGCGUCUCGACAGCUGGAGCUGGAGGACAAGCAGAGCAUGUUGGAGCUGGAGCUCAGGAAGUUCAUGGAGCUGAAUGACAAGACGCAGGAGCAGGAGGUGGAGGAGGAGCGGGUCCUGCAGCAGAUGAUCGAGGUGGUGGACAUGAGGGACUCGCUGGUCUCCUUCCUGGAGGAGAAGAGGCUGAAGGAGAUGAGCGAGGAGCAGGAGGCCUUCUCCAUCAUGGAGGCCAGACGGCACUCCAAGGCAGGAUCUCAGGUUCACUGGGCAUCAUAAGACUCCUCCCCCCACCCAUACACUGACACACACACACACACACACUCGUGCAGCAUGGACCUGUAUGUACAAGGGAAGCAGAAGCUCUCUAAUCUGCUGACUUGAAACCUUGAGACUCAACUUUUUUGCGAAGCCAAAGAAGCUGCAGAGUCGUUGCAGAAUCCAACCACGAGCGCUUCCACGGCGGCGAGGACUCAAAUCAUCAGGACUCAAAUCAUCAGGACUCAAAUCAUCAGGACUCGAAUCAUCAGGACUCAAAUCAUCAGGACUCAAAUCAUCAGGAUUCACAGGAACACUCCGGCCCCUAGAGGGAGACAUAACCCUGGAGAUCUGAGGAGUCCACACACAUGGCAGAGUCACAGGAUCUUUAGUGUCUUCUGCACCGUUGAACAACCACCACCAGGCGGCAGAUCACCUGACCCGGCCUCGGACCUGGUUCAGGUGUCUCAGACGUGUGACAUCACAUCGGGGGGGAAACCUGCGGCGCCUGAGAGCCUGAUCUGUAGAACACACAGGGUCACUGUGGGUUUAACAGAGAUUGAUGUUUUGAAUAAGUACUGUUGUACACCCAGAUGUAAUAUAAAGUACAUAUCAUACUUCUAUUAUUAUUUGGUAUAUUGAAUAGAAAUACGAUUAGAGUUUAAAGAUAAUAAUAAGAGUUUAAAUAUUAGAAUUAUUGCAGUAAAAUCCAGUUAUUCCUUAUUUUAGUUUCUUAUUUUUGAAGGUUUCUGAAUUGUGUAGCACUUCCUGCUGUUCACCACGUCCUC